AUGGAAACCAAUGGCCCAAACAUGAUUCCUCUGUGCUCCGAUUUCACAGAACAGAAGGAGAGCAUUUGCAUAUUUGGAACUGGGGAUUUUGGACGCUCACUUGGAUUUAAACUGCUACAAAGUGGAUUUUCUGUGAUUUUCGGAAGCCGAAAUCCUGGACUCUAUAGCUGGGUCCCCAGAGGAGUCCAGGUCCUGAGUCACGCCGAGGCAGCAGAAAAAUGUCCCCUUAUCAUCUUGGCGGUCCAGAGAGACCAUUACAGAUUUCUGAAUGAGCUAGCAGAAGAACUGGAUGGCAAAAUUCUAGUGGAUGUCAGCAAUAACCUGAAAAUAAACCAAUUUCCUGAAUCCAAUGCUGAGUACCUUGCCCAGAUUGUGCCCAGAGCUACAGUCGUCAAAGCAUUUAACACGGUGUCUGCAUGGGCUCUACAGUCAGGUACACUGGAUGCCAGCAGACAGGUCUCUGUAUGUUCCGAUGACAACAAGGCCAAACAAAAAGUAAUGGAUAUUGUGCGUGCCAUUGGGUUGACGCCGCAAGACAAAGGUUCUCUCAUGGCCGCUAAAGUAGUGGAAAACGACCCCCUGCAGCUUUUUCCCAUGUGGAGGAUCCCCAUGUACGUAUGUGCAGGACUGACCCUUCUGGUCUUUUUAUACUGUGUUAUACAAGAUGUGGUGUACUCCUCUGUCGUCACUGGAAAAGACGUAUCAUUCCGAAUUAUGAUAUCCAUUCCUAACAAGGUGUUCCCCAUCGUCUCUCUGAUGCUGUUGGCCUUGGUUUAUCUCUCUGGUGUGUGUGCUGCCAUUCUUCAGUUGUACAGAGGAACAAAGUACAGUCGCUUCCCAAACUGGCUGGAUCGAUGGAUGUUAUGCAGGAAGCAGCUUGGGCUGGUGGCUCUGUCAUAUGCAUUCCUCCAUGCGAUUUAUACUCUCGUCAUUCCAAUUCGAUAUUAUGUAAGACACAGGAUAUCAACCAGCACCAUUGCACAGAUAAACAAAAAUGAAACCAACCCCUUCCAAAACAUCCUGGCCUGGCGGACUGACUCCUACAUAGCACUGGGAAUACUGGGAUUUUUCUUCUACGUUCUCCUGGGAAUAACAUCCCUGCCCUCCGUCAGUAAUGCAGUCAACUGGCGAGAAUUCCGCUUUGUGCAGUCAAAACUUGGAUACCUUACACUGCUGCUGUGCACGGGACACGCAUUCCUCUACGGCUGGAGCAGAUUCCUUAAUGUGGCUAGUUUCAGGUGGUACAUGCCCCCUGCGUACACAUUAUCACUCAUCAUUCCAUGCGUAGUCCUAAUUCUGAAGUUCAUUCUUGUAUUCCCAUGCAUUGAUAAAAGGAUUACCAAAAUACGUCAAGGAUGGGAAAGAUCUUCAAAAACAAAAACCCAAUCGAACACAAAGGUUUAACAUGACGAUAUUGCUAUACAGUUAUUUAUCAGACUAUCGGUGAUGAAUGGACUGAGCAACAAAACAUUUUUUCAUUCUUUAUUUUUGAAAGAAAAGUUUUUGUAAGCUAAACAGAACAUAAAAAUCCUACUGAAGUUUGGCUUUAAGGCGCAAUAUUCAGUACAAAAUAAAACAAAAAAUUAUCUAAA